UGAAAGUUGUUUAGAUGUUUUUGAGUGAAUGAACUUGUGCUCUGAUGUUACAGAGAGGGCAGGGUAUGACAGGGAGGUGCAGUGUCACAUUAUCAGUUUUUUGCACAUGUUUCAAAGUGGGUCUGUGUCGUUCUCCAUUGAAAACUGUCAGAAGACAUUCCCACUCCUUUGCAUAUAAUCGUAUGGUGUAUUAGACGGCUACAGCUGCUUUGGAGACAUGUGUUUUUCUUUAAGGAUGUUUAUGCUUCUUUUUGUGAUCAUCCUGGGUUUGUGCCACUGUCACGAGGAGAGUAGUCAGCCAUAUUUGGGGAAGCCAUGGGUCUCUGGUCCGUCUGUGGCUCUCGAGAAGGAGAUUGUAGAUUUUCAUUGCCAGCUUUUUGCAUACCCAAAGAAUGAACCUAUCCUACUGCGGCUUUUCAAGGAGGGUGACCGCAGCAAACUGCUUGCUCUUUACACCUCCCUGGAUGGAGAGCCUGGAGUUUUUCCUAUCAUCAUCAAACAUCACCAUGAAGGAAACCUGGAGUGUGUGGCCAGUGCACAAAACAACACCCUAAUAAAGCCAACAACCAGCAACCCACACCACUUGAAGGUUAUCGUGCCAGUGAAAGAUGCAAAAGUUGUCAUCAGUUCAGGUAAAAAGGAGUUAUUUGAGGGGGCGACACUGGAGCUACACUGUCAAUGUCAAGCUGGAACACAUGUGACCUACAAGUGGCUGCUGAAUGGUCGACCUGUUUCCCCAUCUCCUCUGUACUAUGUCAGUGAUAACUACCUCAGGAUCUACAGAACCAACUCUGAACACAGUGGCUCCUAUGCUUGUAUUGCUUUUAAUCAAUACAACAACACAGUCUUCAACUCCACAAGCCCUGGAGCUGUAAUCACAGUCAGAGAUCUGGUGUCAAACCCUGACAUCUCCUUCACCGUAUUGAAACAGGAUUCACAGAAUUAUUCUGUCGUGGUCUCCUGCCUUUCAACCAGAGGGACUCCGCCUGUCACCUUCUCACUCUACAACAGGAAAGAUUUAGUUGCAAACAUGACAGUUGAAGAUAGAAAUGCCACAUUCAGUGUCCCUAUUGUUUUGGACCGGCAUUUAGGAUGGCUUCAGUGCCAGGCAGACAAUGGAGACCGAACCGCUUACAGUCAGUGGAUGCCCUUAGAAGUGGUCCCAGUUGGUGGUCCUGUGUCGAUGCAUUAUGACUACGACAUCGGAGAAAACUUUGUUGUUGUCGGCUUGAGGUUUUACUGUAAAGCUGCGAAAGGGACUCAUCCUCGGUUCCAGUGGUUCCUCAACACAACCCUCCUAUAUGGCCGAGGCAGCUUCUACUACGUGGUGGAACAGCCUCCAGAGAGGUCAGUUCUCCUGAUGUCUGUGGGGAGGGACAGCGCUGGGACAUACCAUUGCCAAGUGUCCGACAGUUUUGACAACGCCACUGCACUGAGCAGUAAGAGGCUAUAUCUGGACAAAGAAGUGCUGAACCGUCUCCCGGUCCUUGUGGUGGCGAUUGUCUUUGGGUGUUUCAGCUUCAUUAUUGUCCUGGUGUCCAUUUGUUGUGUGAUUGGAGUGGUGUUCAGACCAAGGCAGACAGAAGAGAAAUCUGUCUUGCACCUGAAUAUGAAGAAAAUGACGGCAGCAUAUGAAGAUGAGCUGGAUUUGUCAGAUUACUCUGAGGGUAUUGAUGUAAUGAGGACAACUACAGCAGUUGAAUUUGACCAGGUGUCUGAAUCAUCUGUAGAUGAAUGGCCCCAAAUUAAAGCAGAGAGGAAGAGGAUGGAGGAGAAAGAGGAGGAUGAAGCAGUUCUAUGAGCCUGACGGGUCAAACUGUUUCCUCCAGAAACACCUCAACAAGAACCACUACUCAGUGAAACAUCCCCUUUUGACUCCUGGCUCAGACGGACAGCAGCAUUGUCUUGAAAGAAGUUUUAAUCUAUAAAACAUGAAUAAUGCUACAAUUAAAAAGAAAAUAAAUAUAACAAUAAAGCAUGCUGAAAAUUGGAGGAGCACUAAUAAGAGCAGUGACAUAGACAACCAGGUGAUAAAACACCAAGUUUAUGCAACAAUAAUACCAAUGAUUGAAAUUAUUUUUUUGCAGGCAAGGAUAUCUACUUUUGUUGUGGAAGCAUUUCUUAAAUGUGUGUUUAUUAUGUAAACAAUAUUAUUAUGUAACUCAAUUGCCCACAGAUGUAAGGGAGUGAAUGGUUGUUUGUCAGCCCUGCGAUGAACUGGUGACACGUCCAGGGUGUAGCCCACCUUCAUACAAUGGCGGCUGGGAUAGACUCCAGUUAAGAUGAAUGAAUGAAUGAAUGAAUGACUUUCUCUUCUGUUAUUUUCUAUAAGGUAACAUUUUCACUGCAAAGGGCCUCUACAGUUGAUCAGAGCACAUAUUGUCAGUCAUAGCAGCUUAUAUCCACUAAAUUAUGCUAUUUGUGCUUUUUUUUUUUUUUUUUUUUUUUACAAUUCCUCAGUAAAAUGUGUCACACCAGUGACAACAGCAAAAAGUUUUGUCUGAAAUUAUGAAAUAAAUCACAUUUCGAAGAAGUGAAAAGAAGAAGGAAGGGCAAAGUCAAGAAAGUGAUUAGUAUGAUUUUUUUUUUUUCAUUGUAAGAGAUUUGUGUUGCACUGUACCAUCAGUGACAUCACCAGGGGACCAUGUUCAUUAUGUGCUUUAGAACAUUUGUUCGACAUUUUGUUUUAAUCUGUUAAUGUUCAUCAUGUAUCUGACUGCACUUCUGCAUGUAAGUAACGGCAAACUCCUGGCUCAGAAAGAUGUAAAUGUUCCAGUAUCAUACUAUUUUACUAAAAUGUGAAGAAACUGUA